AUAUGCAAUGGAAGCGCAUUUGGUGCACUACAAUUCGAAAUAUGGCGAUUGUGCGGAGGCACUUAAAUACAAGAACGGUCUCGUUGUCAUCGCCUUCCUCAUUCAAGUCAAGAAAAACGCAAACAAUAUUCCGUUCUCGAAAAUUUCCAACGAAAUUCCAUAUAUAAUCGACCCAGAUACAGAAUCAUCCAUUGAUUCAGAUUCGUUGCUUUGGAUGUCGAAACAAGAGUUGGAUAGCAAUUAUUUCACGUACAAAGGAUCAUUGACAACGGGAACCUUUGAUAAGGUUGUCACAUGGAUCAUAUAUAAAAAACCAGUGAUUGUGUCAAAGCAACAGGUUGCUGUAUUCCGUGAAAUGAUCGAUGCGGAGAAUAAAAAGAUCACCAACAAUUACCGUUCCAUUCAAACGCCCGAAAAACCACCAACAGUCAUUUUUGUAGGCAAAAAGAAUAAACAUCAACACGCCAGUGUAUUAUAAGCAUACUCAGCAUGCAUACGUAGAACUCAAAUGGAAUGAACUAAGAUGAGGAAAACAUUAGCGUAAAUAAUGUAAUGUGAUGCAUGUAUAAUCGAUGAUCGACACUGAUUUUGUUAAUUAUUAUCGAUAUUGACUUUAUAUGGCCUUUCAGUUAUGACUUAACCAUUAAUGGUCAUUUAGGUUUUGUGUUGCAAACUAGUUCUAAAAUAUAAAAAACGUAUUUAUAGGUGUAGAAUCUUCAACAAA